UGCAUGCUUCCCCCAGCUGGUGCACCUCCUGGUAACUCUAAACCACGGCAGUUACACCUGAGAAUGCUGUACCAGCGCAUGUAGGGAGCAGCAGAUGGUCUCUGUUGUCCUGUGCUUGACCAACCAGUCACACCCAGUGAAUCAAACACUGGUCAGGCUCUGUGGAAAUCAGUCUUGUUUUGUUAUUACCUGAGUGUGGCCUAGUUAGGUUGGACAGGUAGGAGAGAGGAAGGACAGAUCCUUAUGUGCUUUAUUUCAGCUGGAAGCACGUGCUUGAGUUGAUCUUGCGGUUGUUGCUUGCAUUUCUCGUGUUUGUGUUGUUCACGCUACCUGUGAGCAAAUUAUGUGAUGCUCUGUUUCUCACAGAGCAUACAUGUACGCUUGAAAGGUGUUGGCAUUUUAGGAUUAAGUUGCGAUUGUGGAGUAGUCUGAAGUAGAAGCGCCGAGCUGCAGAGCAGCCAGGAGUGAGAGAGAGCUUUGAUCAUCGGUGGAUGUAUGGAUUGAGUGUAUUGGCAUUGAUCUGGAGCUACACAGCAGCCACCAUUUGCACUGUACGGGCUGGCUUGAACCACUGCUGCCUGCUAACUCUGCUAGUGCUAGCGCUGCUGCUGCCGUCUCCCUACAACCGGUGAAGCUGGUGCCGCCGUACUGACGCACAGACAACCGCUGUGUCACCCAACAUGGACGGACACACCUGUCGGGAUGGUGGUACUAGUGUCAGGUGUAGGUAAUUUAUGAUCAUCACUCUUCCCUACGGUAACAGCUUGGAUUUGGUCAGUGAAAACCGCCACUGUGCUUUACUACAUAUUGGAUGAAAAUUACUGGGGACUUCUCACUAAGGAUUACUAGAGCUGGACACAGAUUCACCGAGGUCUUGUAAGGCAGAGUGGUGAGGCAGAAUGGCGGCGCCAGCUGAUACUGUAGAUGGCCGCCCGGCCGAGUAUGGCCUGUCCCUAAAAGAACUCCGCGAGUUGAUGGAACACCGCGGAUCGGAGGGAUACGAGCUCAUGGUCACAAAGUACAAUGGAGUUACAGAAAUGUGUAGAAAGCUCUAUACGUCUCCAAAUGAAGGAUUGUCUGGAAAUCCCAUAGACUUAGAACAUAGAAGAAAAAUAUUUGGAUCCAAUAUUAUACCUCCCAAGGCUCCUAAGUCUUUCCUUCGUCUGGUGUGGGAAGCUCUACAGGACGUCACCCUCAUCAUCUUGAUUGUAGCUGCAAUAAUUUCAUUAGGAUUAUCUUUUUAUAAGCCACCAAAAGAUCCAGCUUUGCUAGCGGAGGAGGAGGAAGAGCAUGGGUCUGAUUCAAGCGUGGAAGAGGCUGCUGGGUGGAUUGAUGGCCUGGCCAUCCUGGUGGCAGUGGCUGUAGUAGUGCUAGUGACUGCUUUCAAUGACUGGAGCAAGGAGAAACAGUUCCGUGGACUUCAGAACAAGAUAGAGCAUGAGCAUCGCUUUGCCACGAUCCGUGCAGGAGAGUUGGAACAAAUUUCUGUAGGAGAUUUAGUUGUGGGAGAUAUUUGUCAAGUAAAAUAUGGUGACCUUUUACCAGCUGAUGGUGUUCUGAUUCAAAGUAAUGAUUUAAAAAUUGAUGAAAGCUCGCUUACGGGAGAAUCAGAUCAUGUCAAGAAAGGCGACUCCACAGACCCUAUGUUACUCUCAGGUACUCAUGUCAUGGAGGGAAGUGGAAAGAUGCUAGUGACAGCAGUGGGGGUCAACUCCCAGACCGGCAUCAUCUUCGCUCUACUCGGGGCCUCGCAGGAGGAACAGGAGAAGGCCAAGAAGAAGAAAAAGAAGGGAGAUGAAGAAGAGGAACCAGUAGACGUGAAGCUCGUAGCCGUUACAGGACCCCGAUCAAACAAUUUGGGACAGACCGAACCAUUGCUCUCUAAUGAGGCAGAUGCAAAAGUGGAUAUUCAGAUGAACACUACCAACGCACCUACAGGAAACUCUCACAAUACCACUGUCAACAAACAUGUCCCGAACAAAGCUCCUCUGCCACCAGUGGACGAGAAGGUUCCAGAGGAGGUCAUCAAAGAGGAGAAGAAGAAAGUUUCUCGCAAAGAAAAAUCUGUGUUACAGAGCAAACUCACUCGUCUCGCCAUUCAAAUAGGAUAUGCAGGUACAUUCAUUGCCGUUCUGACGGUCCUCAUCCUGAUCCUCAAGUUUUGUAUCCAAGAGUUUCUCAUCGAAAAGAGGGAAUGGACAUCGACACGGACAGGACGUUAUCUUGAGCUGUUUGUCAACCACUUCAUCAUCGGUGUCACUGUGCUGGUAGUUGCUGUGCCAGAGGGGCUUCCACUUGCUGUUACGCUUGCUCUUGCUUACUCUGUUAAGAAAAUGAUGCACGACAACAACUUGGUGCGUCACUUGGAUGCAUGCGAGACGAUGGGUAACGCGACAGCCAUCUGCUCAGACAAGACAGGCACACUCACAACAAACAGAAUGACAGUCGUUCAGAGCUUCCUGGGUGGAAAACAUUACAAGGAAACGCCGAGUUCAAGUCUUACUCAAUCUCUUGUGGAGCUCACUGUGCGUUCUAUUUCCAUCAACAGUGGUUACACAUCCAAGUUGCUGCCGGCAGAUGAAGGUGGUUUACCGAAACAGGUUGGAAACAAGACAGAGUGUGCUUUGCUGGGGUUUGUCAGGGACUUGGGUCAGUCGUAUGAAUCAGUGAGAGAGGACGUCCCCGAGGACGCCUUGGUCAAAGUGUACACCUUCAACUCUGUCCGCAAGUCCAUGAGCACUGUCAUCAAACUGGAGAAUGGCUUCAGACUCUUCUCAAAAGGAGCUUCAGAAAUUGUGCUCAAAAAAUGUGACUUCAUCUUGGACAGUGAUGGUCAGGCGAAAGCCUUCACUGCCCGUGAAGCGGAGGAGAUGGUCCAUCAAGUCAUUGAACCCAUGGCCAGUAAUGGCCUGCGUACUAUCUGUGUCGCCUAUAAGGACUUUGUCAGAGAUAAUGUCGGUGAGAACAUGGUGAAGAUCGAGGGUGAAGUUGACUGGGAUAACGAGGAAGCUGUGGUACAAGGACUCACCUGCAUCUGUGUCGUGGGUAUCGAGGAUCCAGUCCGAGAUGAGGUUUCGGCUGCCAUCAAAAGCUGUCAGAAGGCAGGCAUCACUGUGAGGAUGGUGACCGGCGACAACGUGAACACUGCUCGAUCUAUCGCUUCCAAGUGUGGCAUCAUUCCCCCUUGAGAAGACUUCCUGGUAAUGGAGGGCAAGGAAUUCAACAACCGCAUCAAGGACCCAGCUACAGGAGAGGUACAACAAGACCUGUUUGACCAGGUGUGGCCCAAGCUCCGUGUUCUAGCCAGAUCUUCACCCCAGGAUAAGUACACUCUCGUCAAGGGCAUCAUCGACAGUAAGGUCAACGCUAACAGAGAGGUUGUCGCGGUAACAGGAGAUGGAACAAAUGACGGCCCUGCUCUCAAGAAAGCUGAUGUUGGAUUUGCCAUGGGUAUCUCUGGAACUGAUGUAGCUAAGGAGGCUUCCGACAUCAUCCUGACCGACGACAACUUCACCAGCAUCGUCAAGGCCGUCAUGUGGGGCCGUAAUGUCUAUGAUAGCAUCGCCAAGUUCUUGCAGUUUCAGCUGACUGUUAAUGUGGUUGCUGUUCUGGUCGCCUUCUUUGGCGCCUGCACAAUCAAUAACAGUCCACUCCGUGCUAUCCAGAUGCUGUGGGUGAAUCUCAUCAUGGACACACUAGCUUCCCUCGCUCUCGCUACCGAACUUCCCAGCAAAGAACUCCUAGAUCGUAAACCAUAUGGCAGAACAAAAGCUCUCAUCUCCAAAACCAUGUAUAAAAACAUUGUUGGUCACUCUGUAUAUCAGCUUGCAGUCAUCUUUACUCUUCUAUUUGGUGGGGCCGGCUUAUUUGACAUCGAUGAUGGUCGUGAUAACCAGCAAGUUCACGCCCCUCCCACGCAACAUUUCACCAUCAUUUUCAACACGUUUGUCAUGAUGACACUCUUCAAUGAGAUGAAUGCUCGCAAAAUACAUGGGCAGAGAAAUGUAUUUGAAGGCUUACAAAGAAACCCUGUCUUUAUAGGAAUCUGGAUAGGAACUAUGGUAGCACAGGUUUUCAUUGUGCAGCUUGGUGGAAUAGCCUUUCACACCAAAGGGCUGUCAUUAGAACAGUGGUUUUGGUGCAUCUUCUUAGGUUUCGGGGCACUUUUAUGGGGGCAAGUUAUAACAAGUAUUCCAUCGCAUUCAAUACCGAGGAUAUCCUGCCCAUGCAUUAAGCAUGAGGAAGAACAUGAAGCAGAAGAUGACAUUGACGGCGUCAACGCCACCGAGGAUUCGGUAGGACGCCGCGGCCAGAUCCUAUGGGUGCGCGGCCUGACUCGACUGCAGCAACAGAUACGUGUAGUUAAUGCUUUCCGCAUGAGCUUAGAUGCUCGUUACGACAGUCGUAGUUUGUCAUCAAUCCAUAGCUACCACUCACUGCAAAACUUUAGAAUGAUGUCCAAAAAACCACCCACCACUAUGUCCUCCUCCAUGCUGUGUACCCACGACUCUGAGGCAGCAUCAUCUCGUCCCUUGGAUUCCCACGCCACCGCGCCCAAUACUGAGCAGACUGCACUGUGAUUGGCUAGCUGUGUGUCUCGCUAUCCAAUCUAUAGCCUCACUUCACGUCUGCUCAUGUGUACCUCAGUCGUGUUGCUCCUCCUGUCCACCCGCUGCUGUCUAGAUUGGAGGACCCUCACCCCUGUACAUAAUAAGAUCCUGUGUGUGUGGUCAUCGUCGUCAUCUCUGCUGCAUCAUCAUCGUCGUCUGCAUAGUGGUGGUCGUCGUCAGCGUAGUCAUCACUCUGGUGUUGUGUCACCUGUGACCUUUCACCCUGUCUCGGCUUUAGCGACUGCUAUAAGCAGCCUUCUAACUUUAUGUAAUUUGCCACCUUGUUAAAUAUGUGUUUUUCUCAAGUCCUCGUUUUUUAUAUUUUUUUUCCCAUGAUUAUUUUCUACUUGGCAUGUUUUUAUUGUUGUUUAUUGUCAAUAAAACCAGCCUGCUUGUGACUGUCUGUACGGGCCAGGCAGUAAAGGCGAUAUAUGCCGUUACCCACAAUUCACCUGUAGAUGCCGAGAAAUAGAUGUAGUUAAACUCAAUCAUGUACAGGAGCUUUGCACUCUCGGUAACCAUGUACAUAGCACAAAUGUUCUAAUGAUGUGUAAAUGUGGCAGCCCGGCUCCCUAAGGGACGGCCCCUGCUGGCUGGCAAUUAUGUGUAAUCAUCCUUCGGGGUUCGUUAGGAUCCGACUCUCUAACCAUUCCCACUCACCUCCACAAUUUCAUCCAAGCAUACCUCCACAUUCAGUCACGUGUGUAAAUACUGAAACGGACACACAUCUUUUCUGUACACUCAUCUAGUGGCUCUCAAAUCACAUGUCCGAUCUUCAUUGUCGACUCGGCAUAAUUUUAGCUUCUUUUCCCAUUAUCGUGAGUCACUAUUGCAAGUUUAUAUUUUAUCUUGUAGUCUUGAAACUGAAUCUGGCCACUGUGGUUUUCACAUGCUGUGUGUCUUGACUGACUUUUGCAUGUUGUUGGAUGAGGGUUUUCUCCCUUAGAUGCCUGCAUAAUUUGAUUUCUGAUGGUAUUGAAUACAAGAUGUUUGUGCUGUGUUUCCUUGUUACCUGUGAUACACAUUGCUAAUGAUAUCUGAUGCAUAUUGAGUGGAUUUUCAUGACAUUAUAUCGUCUGCUGCUGUGUAUUUUAUAACCCAACAGCCAUGCAAGUAUGCAGUGAGAGUGUUGAGAGUAUAUUAGCCUCCAUUUUGAACAAGGGCGUACCAAAGGCUAUUGAUUUAGGUGCUCAUUGACGAGGUAGAUCUUCCAGUUUUGUAUUGAUGAUUUGAAGAAACAAAUCGAUAGGCUUGGAAAAGAAAUUCUUGAAUGAUGACAAUCAAUGUCUCUAGGUAUUAUGUGUGUCGUGAAGAUGUCCUGACUCGGCGGGAAUUAUAAUGAAAGAUUCAGGAAAAUUGAACCAAAGAUACGAUAUGAAAAGCGGAAUCCAUUACUCAGUAAUCUUGUAAUCUGAUUUAUAUGUUUGUGGAAGUACUGGAUGACUCAGUGGAUUUUCCAGCAUCUUCUUGUCAACUUAUGUUGUGUUUUAGAUGCUAAGGAGGAUACUUUUCUCUUGUUUCCGAAUCUGUAGCAGUAUUUGAGGAGGAUGUAAAUCAAAACGGUUAAUCUCCACUUUGGUGAAAAUAGGAAUCUCAUUGUUUUGUUCAGAUCAUAUUUGCUCCAAUUUUGAUAAAAGUACAAAACACUGGUGUUUAUGGUUUUGAUACUCUUUGUCUGCUGUAGACAGUUGUGAACAAUCAGUUAUUUUAUUCUCCAUGUGUCUUUGUGUACAGUUUGUAGUAUGACUUUUUAUACAGAAAUUUUUAACCAUAUAUUUCAUUAAAAGG